UAGAUGACACACAAACGCAGUAAUGCCCUGGGCUUAGCCUUUAAAUAAGCAUUAUAUAACAGCAGUCACAUCGCACCGGCGACUAGAGGAAACCGCAGUUGUGUGGAAACUUUGCGCUCUCGUCUUUCGAAAACCGCGCGUCCGUGUCGAUCUCGCUAUGAGUUCGCGAACUAAUGUUUCUUGUUUACACGAAGCCAAACGGGUGGCUAUUUUUGGAGGCACACAUGGAAAUGAGAUGUCUGGCAUAACGCUGGUAAAUAUGUGGAAACAGAAUUCAGCCGAAAUAGAGAGAAACGGACUGCUGAUCAAGCCGUUCAUAAGCAACCCUAAAGCGGUGAAGAAAUGUACCAGGUACAUCGACACGGAUCUGAACAGAGCCUUUACGCCCGAGAACCUCAGUGCUCCAGAUGUUGAAGGGCUGCUAUAUGAAGUCCAGAGGGCCAAGGAAAUAAAUCGGAUGUUCGGACCCAAAGGAAGCUCGGAUGCAUAUGAUGUUAUCUUUGACCUUCACAACACCACCUCAAACAUGGGCUCCACCCUCAUCCUGGAAAGCUCAACAGACCUCUUCAACCUUCAGAUGGUGCAUUAUAUUAAAAAAGCUAUGGCUCCCCAUACCUGUUCAGUACUCUUAAAUGAACACCCACAGCUGAAGUAUUCAACCACACGCUCUGUGGCCAAACACCCUAUUGGUCUUGAGGUGGGCCCUCAGCCGCAGGGUGUUUUGAGGAGCAAUGUAUUCGAGUCCAUGAGGACGAUACUGAAGCAUGCGCUGGACUUCAUCGAGUUCUUCAAUAGUGGUGUAGAGUUUCCUCCAUGUACAGUAGAUGUAUUCAGAGUCCAGGAGAGAAUGGACUACCCCAGAGACACCAACGGCAACAUCACAGCUAUGGUGCAUCCUCAUCUACAGGACUGUGACUGGGAGCCUUUGAACCGGGGUGACCCUAUGUUCCUAACGUUUGAUGGGAGAACAAUCCUUUAUGAAGGUGCCAACACAGUGUACCCCACGUUUAUUAAUGAGGCUGCAUAUUAUGAAAAACAGCAGGCUUUCACAACCACUUGUAGAGAAAUACUAUCUGCUAAUGCUAUCAGAAAAGCAUUCAAGUAGUUUUCUCUUAAAAGUCACUAUGACACUCAGAUAGUUGACAUGACAUCUUUGUUAUCUACUGUACUUUAACUAAAUGUCAGCUUCAACAUUUUUCUAAUUCUGGAAUAAAUAUAAUGGAGUUUUAUGACCUUUAUUUAAAAAAAAAAAAAAAAAAAAAAGGUAACACCACACGACCAUUUAGUUAAAAAGGAAAAAAAAGCCAAAAGUUUAAUAAAAUUGUCUUUAAAGAGACGGUAACAAGUCACAUAUAAAAUAUAAAUUAUAUAUAACAUAUAUAUCUAUAUAUACCAUAUAUAACACUACCACUGAAUGAAUUCAAAUAAGUUGUGUUUUGUACUGAAAAUGUUUAAUGAAAUCCAUGUUAUGUAAUGAAGAAUUUAUACUCUUAGAUUUUUUAGAUAUUUUAUACAGUAGGUAGGUCUACCUCUAGUGUAUGUCUGCACAGUUCAGAUCCUGAUGUAGUGUAUGUGAAAUGCACAAGCUCAGGAACAGUCUUCACUGCCCUCUAGCCUCUGAUUUAACACACUGUUGACUCAAAUACUGACCUGAAACAGCCUUAAAACAACCACAAAAUAACCUCUCAGCACUGUGCUUAUACGUCAUGCAUCAUGGGAUAUUAAUCAUCUGUCAAAACUCUCUGUAUUUUGCUGUUUGUGAUGCAAAAGUGUUGUUGUCUAAGUCUUGGAGUUCCUGACUUCAUCCUCAUUCAGUGGUGCAACCCAAGUAUUGCCUUAAUUGAACAAAUAGAAAAUAUUUUUUGUCUGAUAGAAAGAGUUAAGAGCUCUUACAGUAGGAAGAUAAAGUAAUAUUCAAUAGGAUUUGGUAUACUAUAUGGUGGACUUUAUAGAUUGAUGGAUAAGCUCAGCAGGCACUGAAAAGCUUUGGCAAAACUGAUUUUAGAGAAAUAUGUGUGCUUUUUCCACUGUGAUUUUGUUUUGUGAUGUAUAUGGCUUGUGUAAAUUGUCGAAAGGCCCAUUAUUGUGAGUUAUUUUUUGAAAUAGUGUUAUGUUUUAAAAUAUCAUAUCUAUCUAUGCAAGGAAUAAUAUAUUCACUUUAUGUGAACAGAUGUUUUUAAUUUGUUCCAAAUUGAAGAAGAAUCUUGAUGAUUUUUAAUACAUUUACCAAUUAUUCCACACAGUUGAUUACAGUGUUGUAUGAUGUCGUUAAGGUCCAGGUGGUAUUUAGUAUUGCUUGAUAAUGUUCAGUGUUGUCAAAAUGUGGAAUAUGAUGUAUUUUAACAUAAUAGGCAUUGUCACAAUGUAUUUGUUUUACAUGAAGUCUUGUCAGUCUUAAUGAGAUGAAUUAAUGUGGAGUAAAUAAUUUCAUAAUAUAAAUGUAUUAUGUAAACCAUUUACAUAAAGCCACAAGAGAUUUCUAUUUUGUCUCACACAGAUCUUUUCAAAACGAAUAAU